CUGUCUUGUUCCCGGGUUCAGCUCUAUGCUUUGAGCAGGCCUGGUUGGAGUGUUCGUGGAGCACCCCUACCUCCCAGAGUCCGAGUGAGAUCCUUCCAUGAAACGGCAGCGUGUUUUACCUCUAAAGAUGGAACCACCAAGGAUGGAUCCAGCGACGGUGGAAAGGUACAAUUGAUUCCACUGGAUUGCGACAUGUCUGUUUGCCUCUUUUUAAAAAAAAAAAAAAAAAAAAAAAAAAAAAAUGAAUCACCCACUGGUUGUUAGCUUGGGCCAAUAUCAGUUCGUGCAAACUGCCAUGGUCAUUGCCAAACAUGGCAUAGCAACGUGGCAGGACAGCAUAAACAGAUCUGGGAACAAGCUAAGUGGUGACGGCAUAAUUGAAUGACUGAAUUAAAAUGGAGUUGACCCGAACCCUAACGGCGACAAGACACAAGAAUAGACUUUCUAAUAAAUCAAGUCAAAUUGUAUUUGUCACAUGCCCCGAAUACAACAAGUGUAGACUUUACCGUGAAAUGCUUACUUAGGAGCCCUUUCCCAACAAUGCAGAGUUUAAAAGGAAAAUAAAUAGAAAAAUUAACACAAUAAAAUAACAAUAACGAGGCUAUAUACAGGGAGUACCAGUACUGAGUCACUGUGUAGGGAUACGAGGUAGUAAUGAGACUAUAUACAAGGAGUAGCAGUACAGAGUCAAUGGGCAGGGUUACCAGGUAGUAAUGAGACUAUAUACAAGGAGUAGCAGUACAGAGUCAAUGGGCAGGGGUACCAAGUGAUUGAGUAAUAUGGUCUGUGAGAUCAGUAUGGUUGGAGAGUCAGUUGUUUGGCAUCGGUACAGUUGAGUCCAGGUAGUGUUGAGGUAGUAGUUGGGAGUCAGGAUGUUGGAACAGGAUGUGAGGUCGGUGGGUGGUCGUGUUAGUGUUGGAAUCGUUAUAUAGUGUAAUCAGUUAGUUGUGGAAGCAGUAUUGUGUGAGAUCAUGUGUUGGAGUCAGUGUAGGUGUGGGAGUCAGGUUGAGUGUGUUGAAGUCAGUAGUGGUUGAGAUAGUGAGUGUGUUGAGAUCAGGUAUUGUUGGAGAGUCAGGGUAGUGUUUGGAGUUCAGUGUAGGUGUGAAGUCAGUAGUGGUUUGGGAGUCAGGUAGUGUGUUGGAGAGUCAGUGUAGUGUUGGAGUCAGUGUAGUGUGUUGAGAGAGUGGUAGUGUGGAGAGUCAGGUAUGGUGGAGAGUCAGGUAUGUUGGAGAGUCAGGUUAGUGUGUUGAGAGUCAGGAGUGUUUUAGUCGUGUAGUGUGGAGUGGUAGUUGUUGGAGAGUCAGGUAGGUUGGAGAUCAGGUAGUGUGUGGAGAGUCAGUAGUGUGUUGGAGAGUCAGUAGUUGUGAUCAGUAGUGUUGGAGGUCAGGUUAGUGUGUGGAGAGUCAGGUUAGUGUGUGGGAGAGUCAGGUAGUGUGUUGGAGAGUCAGUAGUGUUGGAGAGUCAGUGUAGUGUGUUGGAGAGUCAGGUAUGUUAAGUAGUGUAGUGGUGAGAUCAGUGUAGUAGUCGUGUGUUGGAGAGUCAGUGUAGUGUGUUGGAGAGUCAGGUAGUGUGUUGAGAGUCAGUGUAGUGUGUUGGAGAGUCAGUGUAGUGUGUUGGAGAGUCAGGUUGUGUUGUGAGGUCAGGUAGUGUUGAGUCAGGUAGUGUGUGGAGAGUCAGUGUAGUGUGUUGAGGUCAGUGAGUGUGUGAGGUCAGUGUAGUGUUGGAGGAGUAUGUUGAGGUGUGUAAGCUGUGUUGGAGAGUCAGUGUAGUGUUGGAGAGUCAGGUUAGUGUGUUGGAGAGUCAGGUUAGUGUGUGGGAGAGUCAGUGUAGUGUGUUGGAGAGUCAGGUUAGUGUGUGGGAGAGUCAGUGUAGUGUGUUGGAGAGUCAGGGUAGUGUGUUGGAGAGUCGGUGUAGUGUGUUGGAGAGUCAGGUUAGUGUGUUGGAGAGUCAGGUUAGUGUGUUGGAGAGUCAGUGUAGUGUUGGGAGAGUCAGUGUAGUGUGUUGGAGAGUCAGGUUAGUGUGUUGUAGAGUCAGUGUAGUGUGUGGGAGAGUCAGGUGUAGUGUGUUGGAGAGUCAGGGUGUAGGUGUGGAGAGUCAGUGUAGGGUGUUGGAGAGUCAGGUUAGUGUGUGGGAGAGUCAGGUUAGUGUGUUGUAGAGUCAGUGUAGUGUGUGGGAGAGUCAGUGUAGUGUGUUGGAGAGUCAGGUUAGUGUGUUGGAGAGUCAGUGUAGUGUGUUGGAGAGUCAGUGUAGUGUUGGAGAGUCAGGUUAGUGUGUUGGAGAGUCAGGUUAGUGUGUGGGAGAGUCAGGUAGUGUGUGUGGAGAGUCAGGUUGUAGUGUGUGGGAGAGUCAGUGUAGUGUGUUGGAGAGUCAGUGGUGUGGUAGUGUGUGUGUGGAGAGUCAGGUGUGUUGAGAGUGUUGUGUGGGAGAGUCAGGUUUAGUGUGUUGGAGAGUCAGUGUAGUGUGUUGGGAGAGUCAGUGUAGUGUGUUGGAGAGUCAGGGUAGUGUGUUGGAGAGUCAGGUUAGUGUAGUCAGGUUGUUUUGAGAGUCAGAGUGUUAGUGUGUGGGAGAGUCAGUGUAGUGUGUUGGAGAGUAGGUAGGGUGAGUCAGGUUAGUGUGUUGGAGAGUCAGUGUAGUGUGUUGGAGAGUCAGUGGUUAGUGUGUGUGGGAGAGUCAGGUUAGUGUGUGGAGAGUCAGUGUAGUGUGUUGGAGAGUCAGUGUUUGUGGUGUAGUUUGGUUGAGAGUCAGGGUAGUGUGUUGGAGAGUCAGAGUUGUCAGUGUGUGUGGAGAGUCAGGUUAGUGUGUUGGGUGGUGAGAGUCAGUGUAGUGUGUGGGAGAGUCAGUGUAGUGUUGUUAUGGUGUAGUUGGGAGCAGUCAUUUUGUGGUGUUGAGUGUUGUGUGGAGAGUCAGGUUAGUGUGUUGAGGUCAUUUGUAGUGUUGGAGAGUCAGUGUAGUGUGUUGGAGAGUCAGGGUGUGUGGUGUUGUAGAGUCAGUGUAGUGUGUUGGGAGAGUCAGUGUAGUGUGUGGGAGAGUCAGUGUAGUGAGGUGUGGUGUGAGAGUCAGUGUAGUGUGUUGGAGAGUCAGGUAGUGUGUUGAGAGUCAGUGUAGUGUGUUGGAGAGUCAGUGUAGUGUGUUGGGAGAGUCAGUUGUAGUGGUUGGGAGAGUCAGUGUAGUGUGUGGGAGAGUCAGUGUAGUGUGUGUGGGAGAGUCAGGUGUAGUGUGUUGGAGAGUCAGGUAGUGUGUUGGAGUCAGGUCAGUGUAGUCGUGUAGUGUGUGGAGAGUCAGGUGUAGUGUGUGGAGAGUCAGUGUAGUGUGUGGGAGAGUCAGUGUAGUGUGUGGAGAGUCAGUGGUAGUAGUGUGGUUUGGAGAGUCAGGUAGUGUGUUGGAGAGUCAGUGUAGUGUGUUGAGAGUCAGUGUUAGUGUGUGGGAGAGUCAGGUUAGUGUGUUGGAGAGUCAGUGUUAGUGUUGGGAGAGUCAGUUAGUGUGUUGGAGAGUCAGUGUAGUGUGUUGGGAGUCAGGUAGUGUGUUGGAGAGUCAGGUAGUGUGUUGGAGAGUCAGUGUAGUGUGUUGGAGAGUCAGGUUAGUGUGUUGUAGAGUCAGUGUAGUGUGUUGGAGAGUCAGUGUAGUGUGUUGGAGAGUCAGGGUAGUGUGUUGAGAGUCAGUGUAGUGUGUUGGAGAGUCAGUGUUAGUGUGUGUGGGACGUAGUUGGUCAGUGUAGUGUGUGGGAGAGUCAGUGUAGUGUGUUGGAGAGUCAGGGUAGUGUGUUGGAGAGUCAGUGUAGUGUGUUGGAGAGUCAGUGUAGUGUGUGGGAGAGUCAUUGUAGUGUGUGGGAGAGUCAGUGUAGUGUGUGGGAGAGUCAGUGUAGUGUGUUGGAGAGUCAGUGUAGUGUGUGGGAGAGUCAGUGUAGUGUGUUGGAGAGUCAGGGUAGUGUGUUGGAGAGUCAGGGUAGUGUGUUGGAGAGUCAGUGUAGUGUGUGGGAGAGUCAUUGUAGUGUGUGGGAGAGUCAUUGUAGUGUGUGGGAGAGUCAGUGUAGUGUGUUGGAGAGUCAGUGUAGUGUGUUGGAGAGUCAGUGUAGUGUGUUGAAGAGUCAGUGUAGUGUGUGGGAGAGUCAGGUUAGUGUGUUGGAGAGUCAGUGUAGUAUGUUGGAGAGUCAGGUUAGUGUGUUGGAGAGUCAGUGUAGUGUGUUGGAGAGUCAGGGUAGUGUGUUGGAGAGUCAGGGUAGUGUGUUGGAGAGUCAGUGUAGUGUGUUGGAGAGUCAGGUUAGUGUGUUGGAGAGUCAGGUUAGUGUGUUGGAGUCAGUGUAGUGUUGGAGAGUCAGUGUAGUGUGUUGGAGAGUCAGGUUAGUGUGUGGGAGAGUCAGUGUAGUGUGUGGGAGAGUCAGUGUAGUGUGUUGGAGAGUCAGGUUAGUGUGUGGGAGAGUCAGUGUAGUGUGUUGGAGAGUCAGGUUAGUGUGUUGGAGAGUCAGGUUAGUGUGUUCGAGUGUUGUAGAGUCAGGUUAGUGUGUUGUAGAGUCAGGCUAGUGUGUUGUAGAGUCAGUGUAGAGUGUUGUAGAGUCAGGUUAGUGUGUUGUAGAGUCAGGUUAGUGUGUUGUAGAGUCAGUGUAGUGUGUUGUAGAGUCAGGUUAGUGUGUUGUAGAGUCAGUGUAGUGUGUUGGAGAGUCAGGUUAGUGUGUGGGAGAGUCAGGUUAGUGUGUGGGAGAGUCAGUGUAGUGUGUGGGAGAGUCAGUGUAGUGUGUGGGAGAGUCAGUGUAGUGUGUUGGAGAGUCAGGGUAGUGUGUGGGAGAGUCAGUGUAGUGUGUUGGAGAGUCAGUGUAGUGUGUUGGCGAGUCAGUGUAGUGUGUUGGAGAGUCAGUGUAGUGUGUUGGAGAGUCAGUGUAGUGUGUUGGCGAGUCAGUGUAGUGUGUUGGAGAGUCAGUGUAGUGUGUUGGAGAGUCAGUGUAGUGUGUUGGCGAGUCAGUGUAGUGUGUUGGAGAGUCAGUGUAGUGUGUUGGAGAGUCAGUGUAGUGUGUUGGCGAGUCAGUGUAGUGUGUUGGAGAGUCAGUGUAGUGUGUUGGAGAGUCAGUGUAGUGUGUUGGCGAGUCAGUGUAGUGUGUUGGAGAGUCAGUGUAGUGUGUUGGAGAGUCAGUGUAGUGUGUUGGAGAGUCAGGGUAGUGUGUUGGAGAGUCAGUGUAGUGUGUGGGAGAGUCAGUGUAGUGUGUUGGAGAGUCAGUGUAGUGUGUGGGAGAGUCAGUGUAGUGUGUGGGAGAGUCAGUGUAGUGUGUGUGAGAGUGCACAGAGCCAGUGUAAUACAUGCAAUAAGCCCAGUGGUUUCAAUAAGUGAUAGCUACUGUACAUAGAAACGAGCUUCCUCCUGUCUGUGGCUACAUGAUGUUUUUCUGCUGUGUUUCAUUAAUGAUAGAAUGCCUCUAUUGUGUCCAUCAUAAUGCAGAAGAACCUCGGUGAAAGAAAGAGACUGUCGGGCUCUUCUGGUGGAUCAGGGAAGGGGGGUAACCAGCUGCACUGUCCCAAAUGUGGAGACCCGUGCACACAUGUGGAGACCUUUGUAUGUGAGGACCUAAAGAUACUCAAUUCACCUAGGCUGUGUUUUCUAAAGACUCCCAGUUGUAGAAAAAGCAGCCGUAUAAAUGAUUUGACUUGUCACACAGUCACUACUAUUUUAUUAAAUCAGAAACCGAUAAAGAAACAUUUCAAUAUCCUCCCCUUUUUUGUUUGUUUCUUUUCAGCGUCAACACGUUUUGUGAAGUGUGAGAAAUGCCAUCACUUCUUCGUGGUGCUCUCUGAGACAGACUCUAAGAAGGGUCUGAAUAAAGAACCAGAGUCGCCCGCUGAGGCUGUCAAAAUGGCCUUCGUACAGAAACCUCCCCCGCCACCCAAAAAGGUACGAGCACCAAUGACAAUAAACAAGAACUGGUUCUAGUUUCUAUGAUGUGAUGGUUAUCUUCAAACAGGAAUUACUAUGGUAAUGCUGCAGCUAUAUCUGGUGCUAUAAUGAAGCAAUAAGACCCGAGGAGGUGUGGUAUGUGGCCAACAUACUACGGCUAAGGGCUGUUCUUAAUCACGACACAACGCGGAGUGCCUGGAUACAGCCCUUAGCCGUGGUAUAUUAGACAUAUACCACAGCAGUAAAAAUACAUGUUUUGUCAUACCCGUGGUAUACGGUCUGAUAUACCAUGGCUGUCAGCCAAUCAGCAUUCAGGGCUCUAACCACCCAGUUUAUAAUGCAUUAUGAAACAGUUAAUGUAUUGUUAGACUUGUCAUGAAGAGCAAGUAUGACCACGUGAUAUUGUCUUCUAGUCAAUGAACCUGUCUUCCAGAUCUAUGCCUACCUGGACAAGUACGUAGUGGGUCAGUCCUAUGCUAAGAAGGUGCUGGCGGUGGCUGUGUAUAAUCACUACAAGAGGAUCCACAACAACAUCCCUGCUGGGAGCAGACAGGUGGAGGUGGAUAAACAGGCCUCGCUCACACCACGAGGUCAGUACAGUCUACUGUUAGUUAGAAACAGGCCUCACACCACGAGGUCAGUACAGUCUACUGUUAGAUAGAAACAGGCCUCGCUCACACCACGAGGUCAGUACAGUCUACUGUUAGUUAGAAACAGGCCUCACACCACGGGGUCAGUACAGUCUACUGUUAGUUAGAAACAGGCCUCACACCACGAGGUCAGUACAGUCUACUGUUAGUUAGAAACAGGCCUCGCUCACACCACGAGGUCAGUACAGUCUACUGUUAGUUAGAAACAGGCCUCGCUCACAUCAUGAGGUCAGUACAGUCUACUGUUAGUUAGAAACAGGCCUCGCUCACACCACGAGGUCAGUACAGUCUACUGUUAGUUAGAAACAGGCCUCGCUCACACCACGAGGUCAGUACAGUCUACUGUUAGUUAGAAACAGGCCUCGCUCACACCACGAGGUCAGUACAGUCUACUGUUAGUUAGAAACAGGCCUCGCUCACACCACGAGGUCAGUACAGUCUACUGUUAGUUAGAAACAGGCCUCGCUCACACCACGAGGUCAGUACAGUCUACUGUUAGUUAGAAACAGGCCUCACACCACGAGGUCAGUACAGUCUACUGUUAGUUAGAAACAGGCCUCGCUCACACCACGAGGUCAGUACAGUCUACUGUUAGUUAGAAACAGGCCUCGCUCACACCACGAGGUCAGUACAGUCUACUGUUAGUUAGAAACAGGCCUCGCUCACACCACGAGGUCAGUACAGUCUACUGUUAGUUAGAAAGAGUAAAUCAGUUUCCAGAAAAACGUCGACCGGACAAAUUUAAGUUUGCUUGAUUCAGAAUAGUAGAAUUUCAUUAGGCAACAUUGUUAUGCUUUCAUUAUGAACAAAGAACCAACCACGGUUUCUAAAAUGUGCUGAAACACCUGAUCAGUCUCCACAAGGUGCCCUCGUCUGUAUCAUUUGGCAUUUGUUCAAUGAUUUACUUUUGCACCCACACUCAUCAUCUUUAAAUGGAUGAUGAUAAUGGAUCUAACUAGACGAUAACAGGGUGAUAUAAUGAUUUUUUAAAAACAACAGUGGAAUCUGAAACUCUUUUACAGGCCUGUAGUGAUAAUGAUGAUGAUCUCAUCCUCUCUGUAGAGCUAGAGACCAGAAGACGGGAGGAUGAGUACAGAUUCACAAGUAAGUGAUUUGAUUGGUCCUCCUUACGUAGCUGUCUCCAUAUCAUUGGCUAUUUUAAACACGUCACUUUUUUUUUUUUGAUUGGAGCAUUCUGUUUUGAAUAUAUAUAUAUUUUUUAUUUUCAAGAAUUGCACAAAUGCCAAAGUUUACAGACAAACUUAUAGUAUCUUGUUGUCGAUGACUUAGCGUUUUUAGGGUGUGUUAGAUUAAGUAUUUUGUAAAUGAUUUACCCUUAUGAUUUUAAGGUAAUAAAUAGUGAUGGUGAAAAAAUCGAUAGUUACAUAUUGGGAUAUUAUGUUUGAUAUACUGUAUCUUAUCGUUUUGACAAUAUCGCAAUAUUAUUUUUGCGCUAAUUGGCUGUACCUGCACCAAAAAAAACUAUUUUUAUUCUCAAUCUUUUUAAAUAGGGAGCCAAUCAUUUUUCAACACUUUGACUGAAUAAAAACCCGUUUUCUCAUGGCUCUCCCUCGUCCCUCCGCACCAGCAAUAUGUUUGGAACAUCGAAUCUCAAUAAAAAUCACAGUGUCGAAUCGCAAUACAUAUAGAAUCGUGAGAAUGGUGUAUGGUAAUAAUAUCGUACGGUGAUAUUAUGGUAUGGUGAGGUCCCUGUGUUGUGAUAAUAUGGUAUGGUGAUAAUAUGGUAUGGUGAGGUCCCUCUGUAUGGUGAUAAUAUGGUAUGGUGAGGUCCCUGUGUGGUGAUAUUAUGGUAUGGUGAGGUCCCUCAGUAUGGUGAUAUUAUGGUAUGGUGAGGUCCCUCAGUAUGGUGAUAUUAUGGUAUGGUGAGGUCCCUCAGUAUGGUGAUAAUAUGGUAUGGUGAGGUCCCUCAGUAUGGUGAUAAUAUGGUAUGGUGAGGUCCCUGUGUUGUGAUAUUAUGGUAUGGUGAGGUCCCUCAGUAUGGUGAUAUUAUGGUAUGGGGAGGUCCCUCAGUAUGGUGAUAUUAUGGUAUGGUGAUAUUAUGGUAUGGUGAGGUCCCUCUGUAUGGUGAUAAUAUGGUAUGGUGAGGUCCCUGUGUGGUGAUAUUAUGGUAUGGUGAGGUCCCUCAGUAUGGUGAUAAUAUGGUAUGGUGAGGUCCCUGUGUUGUGAUAUUAUGGUAUGGUGAGGUCCCUCAGUAUGGUGAUAUUAUGGUAUGGUGAGGUCCCUGUGUGGUGAUAUUAUGGUAUGGUGAGGUCCCUCAGUGUGGUGAUAAUAUGGUAUGGUGAGGUCCCUGUGUGGUGAUAUUAUGGUAUGGUGAUAUUAUGGUAUGGUGAGGUCCCUGUGUGGUGAUAUUAUGGUAUGGUGAGGUCCCUCAGUAUGGUGAUAUUAUGGUAUGGUGAGGUCCCUGUGUGGUGGUAAUAUGGUAUGGUGAGGUCCCUGUGUGGUGGUAAUAUGGUAUGGUGAUAUUAUGGUAUGGUGAGGUCCCUCAGUAUGGUGGUAAUAUUGUGUUGUGAGGUCCCUCAGUAUGGUGGUAAUAUGGUAUGGUGAGGUCCCUCAGUAUGGUGGUAAUAUUGUGUCGUGAGGUCCCUGUGUUGUGGUAAUAUUGUGUUGUGAGGUCCCUCAGUAUGGUGGUAAUAUUGUGUCGUGAGGUCCCUCAGUAUGGUGGUAAUAUGGUAUGGUGAGGUCCCUCAGUAUGGUGGUAAUAUGGUAUGGUGAGGUCCCUGUGUUGUGGUAAUAUUGUGUCGUGAGGUCCCUGUGUGGUGGUAAUAUGGUAUGGUGAGGUCCCUGUGUGGUGGUAAUAUGGUAUGGUGAGGUCCCUGUGUUGUGGUAAUAUUGUGUCGUGAGGUCCCUCAGUAUGGUGGUAAUAUGGUGUUGUGAGGUCCCUGUGUUGUGGUAAUAUUGUGUCGUGAGGUCCCUCAGUAUGGUGGUAAUAUGGUGUUGUGAGGUCCCUGUGUUGUGGUAAUAUUGUGUCGUGAGGUCCCUCAGUAUGGUGGUAAUAUUGUGUCGUGAGGUCCCUCAGUAUGGUGGUAAUAUGGUAUGGUGAGGUCCCUGUGUUGUGGUAAUAUUGUGUCGUGAGGUCCCUGUGUGGUGGUAAUAUGGUAUGGUGAGGUCCCUGUGUGGUGGUAAUAUGGUAUGGUGAGGUCCCUGUGUUGUGGUAAUAUGGUGUCCUGAGGUCCCUCAGUAUGGUGGUAAUAUUGUGUCGUGAGGUCCCUGGCAAUUCCCAGCCCUAGUAAUAAAUAAUCUGUGUGCACGUUGUGAACUCGGUGUAGCUAGUCGCCAUGCAGGACAGAUAAAGCACCAUGCUGGACAGAUAAAGCACCAUGCUGGACAGAUAAAGCACCAUGCUGGACAGAUAAAGCACCAUGCUGGACAGAUAAAGCACCAUGCUGGACAGAUAAAGCACCAUGCUGGACAGAUAAAGCACCAUGCUGGACAGAUAAAGCACCAUGCUGGACAGAUAAAGCACCAUGCUGGACAGAUAAAGCACCAUGCUGGACAGAUAAAGCACCAUGCUGGACAGAUAAAGCACCAUGCUGGACAGAUAUAGCGCCAUGCUGGACAGAUAAAGCACCAUGCUGGACAGAUAUAGCACCAUGCUGGACAGAUAUAGCACCAUGCUGGACAGAUAAAGCACCAUGCUGGACAGAUAUAGCACCAUGCUGGACAGAUAAAGCACCAUGCUGGACAGAUAAAGCACCAUGCUGGACAGAUAUAGCACCAUGCUGGACAGAUAUAGCACCAUGCUGGACAGAUAAAGCACCAUGCUGGACAGAUAAAGCACCAUGCUGGACAGAUAAAGCACCAUGCUGGACAGAUAUAGCACCAUGCUGGACAGAUAAAGCACCAUGCUGGACAGAUAAAGCACCAUGCUGGACAGAUAAAGCACCAUGCUGGACAGAUAUAGCACCAUGCUGGACAGAUAAAGCACCAUGCUGGACAGAUAUAGCGCCAUGCUGGACAGAUAUAGCACCAUGCUGGACAGAUAAAGCACCAUGCUGGACAGAUAUAGCGCCAUGCUGGACACAAGUUGUCCCAAUGACCCAGACAAUACAUUUGUAGCCUUGCUAUCUAUCCCAGCCUUCAGCCCUGCUCUCCUCAUUCACACCUGGGUUCAAAAGCAAUUUGAAGUCUUUCAAAUACUUUGAGCGUUUGCUUUAGGCUGCCUGGAGUGCGAGAUGGGCGGGGUUUACAGUUUUACGACGAUUCUAUUGGUUCCAUUGCGCCAGGGAAGCCCAAUCAAGGCCAUAUAAAGUAUUUGAAAUUAUUUUGAAUACUAUUAGAACCCAGGUCUGCUUUUCUUUAUUCGGUAACAUACUGGCUCCCAGUUGAGUUGAGCAAAGCAAGGCACAUGUAUUUUUAGAUUGAACUUGGACCUAUUGCUGCGAUGCAACAGGCAGCCCCACAUAUACUGACUGAUACUUCACAUUUAAUGAACUUAUUGAACUUGUUCUCAAUAGGCUUACCUGGUUAAAUAAAGGUGAAAUAUAUAUAUAUAUAUAUAUAUAUAACUAAAGAGCCUGGAUUAUGCAAUAUCAUGCCUGGAAAACUCAAAACACGAGACACAAACUUGUUAUACAUUAAAACACAAUUAAUGAAUACAUUACAAACUUGUAAUACAACUCAAGUUGCCAGAUCACAGAGAGUAGGCCAACAUUGCAUAUCCUGUUCAGAAAAGUUACGUUUUAGCGUCUGGUCAUUGCCAUGAGAGAUGGGAAACGUUGACCCAAAAUGGAUUCCCCUAGCCUGGGUGGCAGUCUGUUUCUGCCCGCUCACCAACUCCUUAUGGAAUCAGUCAUGCCAAACAAGCUUGACAAGGACGGCAAUGGAGUUGACAAUUGACAAGAGCACAAACCGAUCUGGCACCAGGCUAGAAUUCACAACUGUCCUGCUGCCAAAUCUGAACCCAAAUAUACAAUACGACUGUUUGUUUACGUUUGCCGUUAUAGAACUCCUUCAGAUAGCAGGGAUCAGUCCCCAUGGCAACGCUCUGGGGGCCUCCAUGCAGCAGCAGGCCACUCAGCAGGCUCCUCAGGAGAGGAGGGGCGGGGACGUGUUAGACUCCACCCACACCGACAUCAAACUGGAGAAGAGCAACAUCGUGUUGCUAGGCCCUACCGGAUCAGGUUAGUAAACUACUAGGUGACGUCAUCAAACCAGUCUGGCAUCAGUGUGAGAAGAACAAAGUACGUUGUGGCUCGUACCUUCAAUAUCCUUAGGACACAAAGCCAAGGCACUUCUAAUUCUUUUUUAAUACCAUUUAUAUUAGUUGCAGACAGGGCAGUGUUCAGCAUUUUGGGGGCCCUAAGCGAGAUUUGGUUGGGGGGCCUGUCAUGCAAAAUGGUGUCGUCGUCUCCCCCCCCCAUGUUACAACAGGAUUCGAUAAACUAUUAGUGUCCGUUGCUAUAUCAACGGUGUGAUGACCUAAUGUGUCGAAUUGUGGAGAUCAUUACAGCCUAAAUUACAUUCUUUUCAUCCCUGAUAUGCAAACAAAGCUGAUUUCCGUGACAAUUUUGCUGUUUAUACAAGUUUUGUUUAGCUAAUAAGAUGAAAACAUUACUUCAAACUACUUUUGGAUCAAUCAGUCAAUCAAUCACAGUUAUUUAAAAGCACUUUUUACAUCAGCAGUUGUCACAAAUUGCUUAUACAGAAAUCCGGCCUAAAACCCCAAACAGCAAGAAAUGCAGAUGUAGAAGCACAGUGGCUAGGAAAAACUCCCUAGAAAGGCUAAAACCCAGGAAUAAACCUAGAGAGGAACCAGGCUCUGAGGGGUGGCCAGUCCUCUUCUGGCUGUACUGGGUGGAGAUUAUAAGAGUACAUGGCCAUUAAGGCCAGAUUGUUCUUCAAGAUGUUCAGGAGUAAAUGUCAGUUUGUUUUUCAUAGCCAAGCAUUCAGAGGUCGAGACAGCAGGUGCAGGAGAGAGAGAGAGAGUUGAAAACAGCAGGUCUGGGACAAGGUAGCACGUCCGGUGAACAGGUCAGGGUUCCAUAGCCGCAGGCAGAAGAGUUGAAACUGGAGCAGCAGCACGACCAGGUGGACUGGAGACAGCAAGGAGUCAUCAGACCGGGUAGUCCUGAGGCAUGGUCCUAGGGCUCAGAUCCUCAGGGAGGGGAGGGAGAGAGGGAGAAUUAGAGGGAGCAUACUUAAAUUCACACAGGACACCGGAUAAGACAGGAGAAUAACACCAGAUAUAACAGACUGACCCUAGCCCCCCAGCACAUAGACUAUUGCAGCAUAGAUACCCACAAAUGUAGAAUAGAAGUCAGCGUUAUGAAUGUAUAUUUUCUACAAUUCCUGUCAAGUUAAGUGCUGAGACAGGGGGAGUCGGGGGACACUGUGGCCACGACCGACGAUACCCCCGGACAGGGCCAACCAGGCAGGACGUUUGCAAGAAGACGUGUAAAUCUGCUUGACACAUUAAUGUUACAUACCUUACAGAUCAUACCUUACAGAUCAUACCUUACAGAUCAUACCUUACAGAUCAUACCUUACAGAUCAUACCUUACAGAUCAUACCUUACAGAUCACACCUUACAGAUCAUACCUUACAGAUCAUACCUUACAGAUCAUACCUUACAGAUCACACCUUACAGAUCAUACCUUACAGAUCAUACCUUACAGAUCAUACCUUACAGAUCACACCUUACAGAUCAUACCUUACAGAUCAUACCUUACAGAUCAUACCUUACAGAUCACACCUUACAGAUCACAAAGUCCGCUAAUUUCCACUCCAUUCAUAUGCAAAUAUGUUUGAUUCAUACACUGGCUUGUCUGGCUGGCAUGUUUUUAGUUUAACCUGCCCUUCCCUUAUGUACACUGAAAUAAUAUUAAAUAAUACUAUUAUUUCAGUAGUCCUUUAUUGUGAUUCAUUUUUUUUCUCUCCUAUAGCUCAUUAGUACACCUUUGUGGUUGAAUAUAUAUAUAUAUAUAUAUAUAUAUACUACACUGAACAAAAAUAUAAAUGCAACAUGUAAAGUGUUGGUCCAAUGUUUCAUGAGCUGAAAUAAAAGAUCCCAGAAAUAUUCCAUACGCACAAAAAUCGUAUUUCUCUAAAAUGUUGUGCACAAAUUUGUUUACAUCCCUGUUAGUGAGCAUUUCUCCUGUGCCAAGAUAAUCCAUCCACCUGACAGGUGUGGCAUAUCAAGAAGCUGAUUAAACAGCAUGAUCAUUACACAGGUGCACCUUGUGCUGUGGACAAUAAAAGGCCACUCUAAAAUGUGCAGUUUUGUGUCACAACACAAUGCCACAGAUGUCUCAAGUUUUGAGGGAGUGCGCAAUUGGAAUGCUGACUGCAGGAAUGUCCACUAGAACUGUUGCCAGAGAAUUGAAUGUUCAUUUCUCUACCAUAAGCCGCCUCCAACGUCGUUUUAGAGAAUUUGGCAGUACGUCCAACCGGCCUCACAACUGCAGACCACGUGUAACCACACCAGCCCAGGACCCCCAUAUCCGGCUUCUUCACCUGCGGGAUCAUCUGAGACCAGCCUACCUGGACAGCUGAUGAAACCGAGGAGUAUUUCAGUCUGUGUAAUAAAGCCCUUUUUUAGGGAAGAACUCAUUCUGAUUGGCUGGAAAUGUUUUUUUGUAAUGAGUGUUCCGUUCUGUGUCAUUAUACAUCUGCCUGUUAUUCAUAAGAUGUUAGAAUAUUUAAAACUUUAUUGACAUGGGUUAAGGAAAAUAAGAAAAAGAAUACAUGCAUUGUGUCAGACCCAUGAUUUACAAACAAACAAACAGCUGUGAAAUACAUCCUUACUGUCCUUACACAUAUUCUCUACUAUCAUUUCCCAGGAAAGACAUUGUUGGCUCAGACCCUGGCCAAGUGUCUAGAUGUACCCUUCGCCAUCUGUGAUUGUACCACCCUGACCCAGGCUGGCUAUGUGGGGGAGGACAUCGAGUCUGUUAUCGCUAAGCUGCUGCAGGAUGCCAACUACUCUGUGGAUAAAGCACAGCAAGGUGGGUGAAUCACAAACUCUUGUUUUCUGAUUCUUUAGGACUGUUUAAAGACAUGCUCCGGUACUAUGGUGACUAAGAAAAUAUUUUUUAAAUAUUUUUUUAAACAUUUCGCUUUGGGCUGGAUGUGUCAAUGUGUAGCUCAUAGAUAAACGUACUGUCUUACCUCAAUUAGCCCCCUAAUCCCUAGUUUAAAAGCGACUGUAUUCUUGAAGAUGUGCCGUGCCAUUUUCCCUACAUUCCCCCCCCCGUGUGGGCCAGCCCCCUAGCAAUUCGAGUUCUAACCAAUGAGCUUCAGCCCCUCGCAUUUGAGUGACAGCUAGCAAGAGACCUGCCCAGCGUUAUCCAAUGAGGUUGCAGGGCGGGCCCAACGGCUCAGUGGACACAGCAGAGAGGGAAAUGACGUGGUGCACAUAUCUGCAUAUAUGUGACAUAGUACGCAGUUUUCGGGGACAACUUUUGGCUACUUUCAGAUAUGCUGGCUAAAAAGUAUAUAAAAGUACCGGAGAAUCUCUUUAAAAGACCUCUGUUUUGUAAACACUAGUAUGAUGAAAAUGGAACUACAUUUGGACUGUGUUCUGCAAUUGUUAUCCUAAUUACAGAAGCCCCUUUUGUACAAUAUACGGUUUUGUCCCUACCCCUCCAAAAGACACACAUAUACAGGUUGGAGAGUUACUGGGCGCCCGUGGAGCAGUUGUUGUGGCGGGUUAAGUGUCUUGCUCAAGGGGCACAACGGCAGGUAAUGGCAUCUAGGAGUUGAUACCAACAACCCUCCGGUUGCCAGCUCACUUCCCGCCAGAUUCUUGCCCGUCAGACCCGGGAUUCGAACAGGCAACUCUCCGGUUACUAGCUCGUCUCUCUAACCGCUCAUUUUGCUCUUUUGAUACAGUAAAAACUGCAAAAAGCUCUUUAAUCCGAACAUCACAAAUACACUUUUUACUGAGCUAACCUGCUCCACGGGUGUUGUUCCGCAGCUGACCCUGUGCUGCUUCCUGCCUCUUGUACUGUGUGUCUGUCUGUCUGUCUGUCUGUGUCUGUCUGUCUGUCUCUGUGUGUCUGUCUCUGUGUCUGUGUCUGUGUGUGUGUGUGUGUGUGUGUGUGUGUGUGUGUGUGUGUGUGUGUGUGUGUGUGUAAUGUAUAGAGAAGGGUUGGGAAUAACCUAGGACGGCAAAAAUACCCACUUCUGAUUCCCAUUGGACGAUAUUCCCAUUGGACGAUAAAGUUGAAUUUUAUUCCAUGGUUUCCCUGUGCAAUAGGCAUAGUGUUUCUGGAUGAGGUGGACAAGAUCGGCAGUGUUCCCGGGAUCCACCAGCUCAGAGACGUAGGAGGAGAGGGAGUACAACAGGUCAGUACUGUUCUACACUGUCCACAGGUCUACUAGAUACCUCUAGUGUGUGUAGAGGGAGGUAUUCAACACUAUCCUUGACACUACAUACCUCUAAUGAUGAUACUUCAGUUAAUGAUCAAACACCUGCCCUGCCGUCCUCUACAUACCUCUAAGGAUUAUACUUUAUUUGGAUCCAUUAGGAAAGUCUUUCUGUGUAAUGCAACGUGCCAGCAUACAGAUAUUCACGUAUCUGACUUACAGCACAUCGCAAACAUUAUAUACCAAGUCCUAUUGGCAUAUAUGAAUAAACUCAGCAACAAAAGAAACGUCCUCUCACUGUCAACUGCGUUUAUUUUCAGCAAACUUAACAUUUACAUUUUUACAUUUUAGUCAUUAGGCAGACGCUCUUAUCCAGAGCGACUUACAGUUAAGUGAGUGCAUACAUUUUUCAUAUGUGUGUAAAUAUGUGUAAAUAUUUGUAUGAACAUAACAAGAUUCAACAACUGAGACAUAAACUGAACAAGUUCCACAGACAUGUGACUAACAGAAAUUGAAUAAUGUGUCCCUGAAGAAAGGGGGGGGGUCAAAAUCAAAAGUAACAGUCAGUAUCUGGUGUGGCCACCAGCUGCAUUAAGUACUGCAGUGCAUCUCCUCCUCAUGGACUGCACCAGAUUUGCCAGUUCUUGCUGUGAGAUGUUACCCCACUCUUCCACCAAGGCACCUGCAAGUUCCCUGACAUUUCUGGGGGGAAUGGCCCUAGCCCUCACCCUCCGAUCCAACAGGUCCCAGACGUGCUCAAUGGGAUUGAGAUCCGGGCUCUUCGCUGGCCAUGGCAGAACACUGACAUUCCUGUCUUGUGGAAAUCACGCACAGAACGAGCAGUAUGGCUGGUGGCAUUGUCAUGCUGGAGGGUCAUGUCAGGAUGAGCCUGCAGGAAGGGUACCACAUGAGGGAGGAGGAUGUCUUCCCUGUAACGCACUGCGUUGAGAUUGCCUGCAAUGACAAGCUCAGUCCGAUGAUGCUCUGACACACCGCCCCAGACCAUGACGGACCCUCCACCUCCAAAUCGAUCCCGCUCCAGAGUACAGGCCUUGGUGUAACGUUAAUUCCUUCGACGAUAAACGUGAAUCCGACCAUCACCCCUGGUGAGACAAAACCACAACUCGUCAGUGAAGAGCACUUUUUGCCAGUCCUGUCUGGUCCAGCGACGGUGGGUUUGUGCGCAUAGGCGACGUUGUUGCCGGUGAUGUCUGGUGAGGACCUGCCUUACAACAGGCCUACAAGCCCUCAGUCCAGCGCCUCUCAGCCUAUUGCGGACAGUCUGAGCACUGAUGGAGGGAUUGUGCGUUCCUGGUGUAACUUGAGCAGUUGUUGUUGCCAUCCUGUACCUGUCCCGAAGGAGUGAUGUUCAGAUGUACCGAUCCUGUGCAGGUGUUGUUACACGUGGUCUGCCACUGCGAGGACGAUCAGCUGUCCGUCCUGUCUCCCUGUAGCGCUGUCUUAGGCGUCUCACAGUACGGACAUUGCAGUUUAUUGCCCUGGCCACAUCUGCAGUCCUCAUGCCUCCUUGCAGCAUGCCUAAGGCACGUUCAUGCAGAUGAUCAGGGACCCUGUGCAUCUUUCUUUUGGUGUUUUUCAGAGUCAGUAGAAAGGCCUCUUUUAGUGUCCUAAGUUUUCAUAACUGUGACCUUAAUUGCCUACCGUCUGUAAGCUGUUAGUGUCUUAACGACCGUUCCACAGGUGCAUGUUCAUUAAUUGUUUAUGGUUCAUUGAACAAGCAUAGGAAACAGUGUUUAAAUCCUUUACGAUGAAAAUCUGUGAAGUUAUUUGGAUUUGUACAAAUUAUCUUUGUUUUUGCUGAGUUUAGCUACUGCAGUUCAAUGUUAUGGCUGGGUGGUGUUAGUUUUCAACCUCCCAGCCAGGGUCCUUGAUGUCAAUGUAUAUUUGUAGGGCGGCAGGUGGCUUAGUGGGUAAGAGCGUUGUGCCAGUAACCGAAAGGUCGCUGGUUCUAAUCCCCGAGCCGACUAGGUGAAAAAUCUGUCGAUGUGCCCUAAUUGCUCCUGUAAGUCGCUCUGGAUAAGAGCGUCUGCUAAAUGACUAAAAUGUAAACGUAAAUGUCCUACCACCUUGUUGUUGACCGAAUGUUAUACAGUGGCUUCAGAAAGGAUUCACUCCCCACCCCUCUCUCCCCGUCUCUCUCCCUCUCUCCCGCCUCUCCCCCCACCCCCUCUCUCUGCCUCUCUUUCUCUCUCUCUCUCUGUUUUAAUGAAUUUAAAUGCUAUCCUCUGGGAAAACAUUGUACAUCAUAAGGUGAUACCUGCUGCUCUCAGGCUCCUAUGUGAUUUACAGCGCCUUAUCGUCCACAUAUUGUUACGUUACAGCCUGAAUUUAAAAUGGAUUACAUUGAGAUGUUGUCACUGAUCUACACUAAAUACCCCAUAAUGUCAAAUUGGAAUUCUGUUUUUAGAAAUGUUUACAAAUUAAUUAAAAAUUCAAACACAGAUUCAACCACACACACCAGGGAGGUCUUCCAAUGCCGCGCAAAGAAGGGCACCUAUUGGUAGAUGGGUAAAAACAUUUUUUUAAAGCAGACAUUGAAUAUCCCUUUGAGCAUGUUAAUUACACUUUGGAUGGUGUAUCAAUACACCCAGUCACUACAAAGAUACAGGUGCCCUUCCUAACUCAGUUGCCGGAGAGGAAGGAAACCGCUCAGGGGUUUCACCAUGAGACGAACUGUGAAUUUAAAACAGUUACACAGUUUAAUGGCUGUGAUAAGAGAGAACUGAGGAUGGAUCAACAAUAUUGUAGUUACUCCACAAUACUAACAUAGAUAACAGAAUACAAAUAUUCCAAAACAUGCAUCCUGUUUGCAGUAAGGCACUAAACAUGUGGCAAAGAAAUUAACUUUAUGUCCUGAAUACAAAGCGUUAUGUUUGGGGCAAAUCCAACACCACACAUCACUGAGUACCAGUUCAUAUUUUCAAGUAGGGAGGUGGCUGCAUCAUGUUAUGAGUAUGCUUGUCAUCGGCAAGGACUGGAGAGUUUUUUUUUUUUUAGGAUAAAAAGACACGGAAUAGAGCUAAGCUAAGCACAGGCAAAAUCCUAGAGGAAAACCUGGUCCAGUUUGCUUUCCACCAGACACAUUUAAAUUUUUUACAUUUUAGUCAUUUAGCAGACGCUCUUAUCCAGAGCGACUUACAGUUAGUGAGUGCAUACAUUAUUUUUUUAUUUUCAUACUGGCCCCCCGUGGGAAUCAAACCCACAACCCUGGCGUUGCAAAGACACUGGGAGACAAAUGUACCUUUCAGCAGGACAAUAACCUAAAACACAAGGCCAAAUCUACACUGGAGUUGGUUACCAAGACGACAUUGAAUGUUCCUGAGUGGCCUAGUUACAGUUUUGACUUCGUCUUGACAAUCUAUGGCAAAACUUGAAAAUGGCUGUCUAGCAAUGAUUUAACAACCAACUUGACAGAGCUUGAAGAAUUUUUUUAAAAGAAUAAUGUGCAAAUAUAAUACAAUCCAGAUGUGCAAAGAGACUUAGCCAGAAAGACUCACAGCUGUAAUCACUGCCAAAGGGGAUUCUAACAUGUACUAACUCAGAAGGUUGAAUACUUAUCUAAUCAAGAUAUAUUAGUGCUUUAUUUUCCAUUCAUUAAAAAAAAUAUAUAUAAUUUGUCUUCCACUUUGACAUUAGUGUAUUUUGUGUAGAUAGUUGACCAAAAAAAAGACAAUUAAAUCCAUUUUAAUCCCACAUCAAAAUGUGUAAACAGUCAAGGGGUGUGAAUACUUUCUGAAGGCACUGUAUAUGGUAUGGGAGGCAUUAGUGUUAGUGACAACUGUUUGUUUGUUUGUAGGGUCUGCUCAAACUCCUGGAGGGCACGAUAGUGAACGUCCCAGAGAAGAACUCCAGGAAGCUGAGAGGAGAGACGGUGCAGGUGGACACCACUAACAUCCUGUUCGUAGCGUCGGGGGCCUUCAACGGACUCGACAGAAUCAUUAGCAGACGGAAGAAUGAAAAGGUGAGCAAGAAAUAUCAUUAUUAUUUUCCCUCUCGUCCCAGACCUGUAAAAAGGAUGUAGUCCUUUUGAUUAUUUCUUAUCUAAUCACUGUUCUAUAAAAAAAAUAAAAAUAAAUACUUGGUCAACAGAGAGUGUCUUUAAUCUGAGCAGUUUACGUAUUUGUCCAUUUUAAUGUAUAUAUUUCAGGAAGUAACAUGAAUGUCUAGGCUUGGCUGUCUAAUUUAUUCAGUGCUUUAAUGUUAUCGUUUUCCAUAGCCCUCCUUCCCUCAACCCCUCUGUGCUUUUGUCUAGUACCUGAGCUUCAUCACACCCACUAAUAUUCUAUUACCUGAGCUUCAUCACACCCACUAAUAUUCUAUUACCUGAGCUUCAUCACACCCACUAAUAUUCUAUUACCUGAGCUUCAUCACACCCACUAAUAUUCUAUUACCUGAGCUUCAUCACACCCACUAAUAUUCUAUUACCCGACUUCAUCACACCCCCUAAUAUUAUAUUACCCCGACUCACACACCCCCUAAUUUCUAUUACCUGAAUUUUAUCCACCCACUAAUAUCUAUUACCCCCGAGUUCAUCCACCCAUAAUCUUCUUUUAUACCUGAGCUUCAUCCACCCACUAAUAUUUUUCUAUACCGAGCUUCAUACACCCAUAAAUUCUAGUACCUGAGCUUCAUCACACCCACUAAUAUUAUUCUAUUACCUGAGCUUCAUCACGCCCACUAACUUCUUCUAGUACCUGAGCUUCACACACCCAUAAAAAAAAGGGUUUAUCACACCCACUAAAUUUUAUUAGAGCUUCAUCCCCCACAAUUAUAUUACCCCGAGCUUCAUCCACCCCUAAAAAUUUUAUUACCUAGCUUCAUCACACCCACUAAAUUCUAUUUCCUGAGUUAUCACCCCACAAUUUUUUAAACCCGACUUUAUCACCCCACAAUUUCUUUAGUACCCGGCUUCAUCACACCCACUAAAUUAUUCUUUACCCAGUUCUCACGCCCACUAAUAUUUCUAGAUGACUUCAUAGCCCACAAAAUUUUUUCUAGUACCUAGCUUUUCACACCCCCUAAUUUUUUUACUGAGUUCAUCCGCCCACUAAUUCUUUUAUACCUGAGCUUCUCCGCCCCCUAAUUUUUCAGUCCUAGCCUUUAUCCCCCCACUAAUAUUAUUUAUUACUAGCUUCAUACCCCACUAAUCUUCUUCUAGUACCGAGCUUAUCACGCCCACAAACCUUUCCUCCCCCUUCUAGCCCGGGCUUGGGCGCCCCCAACAUGGGGAAGGGGCCCGUGCGGCGGCACGGCCGCCAGGCUAACAGCAGUGAACAACGGGCAUGGUGGCGAGUGGAGGGAAAAGGGACCGGGUGCUGAAGCUCUGGAGGCCCGGGACCUCAUUGAUUUUGGGAUGAUCCCGGAGUUCGUGGGGCGUCUGCCAGUGGUGGUGCCUCUGCACAGUCUGGAUGAAGAGACGCUGGUCCGCAUCCUGACAGAACCGCGCAACGCCGUCAUACCCCAGUACCAGGCCCUGUUCAGCAUGGACAAGGUAAUUAGUAGUAGUAGUUAAGGCUGUAUAACUUUACGGAUGAAGACAGUCAUGAAACUAAACUAAAGGGAAAGGGAAAUAACUGUCACAACCGUUACAAAAGUAUUUGGACACCCCUUCUAAUUAGUGGAUUCGGCAGGUGUAUAAAAUCGAGCACACAGCCAUGCAAUCUCCAUAAACAUUGGCAGUAGAAUGGCCCGUACUGAAGAGCUCAGUGACUUUCAACGUGGCACCGUCAUACAAUGCCAAGUGCUGAAGUGCGUAGCGCGCAAAAAUAUUCUGUCCUCGGUUGCAACACUCACUACCGAGUUCCAAACUGCCUCUGGAAGCAACGUCAGCACAAUAACUGUUCAUCGGGAUCUUACGCACACAAGCCUAAGAUCACCAUGCACAAUGCCAAGCGUUGGCUGGAGUGGUGUAAAGCUCGCCGCUAUUGGACUCUGGAGCAGUGGAAACGCGUUCUCUGGAGUGAUGAAUCACGCUUCACCAUCUGGCAGUCCGACGGACAAAUCUGGCUUUGGGCAAAUGCCAAGAGAACGCUACCUGCCCGAAUGCAUAGUACAAAAUGUCAAGUUUGGUGGAGGCCUGGGGCUGUUUUUCAUGGUUCAGAUGUGGGCCCCUUAGUUCCAGUGAAGGGAAAUCUUAACGCUACAGCAUACAAUGACAUUCUAGACGAUUCUGUGCUUCCAACUUUGUUGCCACAGUUUGGGGAAGGCACUUUCCUGUUUCAGCAUGACAAUGCCGCCGUGGACAAAGCGAGGACCAUACAGAAAUGGUUUGUCGAGAUCGGUGUGGAAGAACUUUACUGGCCUGCACAGAGCCCUGAUCAUCGAACACCUUUGGGAUGAAUUGGAACGCCGACUGCGAGCCAGGCCUAAUCGCCCCCAACAUCAGUGCCCGACUUCUAAUGCUGUUGUGGCUGAAUGGAAGCAAUUCCCCGCAGCAAUGUUCCAACAUCUAGUGGAAAGCCUUCCCAGAAGAGUAGAGGCUGUUAUAGCAGCAACGGGGGGGAACCAACUCCAUAUUAAUGCCCAUGAUUUUGGAAUGAGAUGUUUGAUGAGCAGCUGUCCACAUACUUCUGGUCAUGUAGUGUGUAUAUAUGCAGUGCAUUCAGAAAGUAUUCAGACCCCUUGACUUUUUCCACAUUUGGUUACGUUACAGCCUUAUUCUAAAAUUGAUUAGAUUGUUUUUUUCCCUCAUCAAUCUACACACAAUAUCCCAUAAUGACAAAGCAAAAAAAACAGGUUUUUAGAAAUGUUUGCAAAUAUAUUAAAAAUAAACUAUCAUAUUUACAAAAGUAAUCAGAACCUUUACUCAGUACUUUGUUGAAGCACCUUUGGCAGUGAUUACAGCCUUGAGUCUUCUUGGGUAUGACGCUACAAGCUUGGCACACCUGUAUUUGGGUAGUUUCUCCCAUUCUUCUCUGCAGAUCCUCUCAAGCUCUGUCAGGUUGGAUGGGGAGCGUCGCUGCACAGCUAUUUUCAGGUCUCUCCAGAGAUGUUAGAUCGGGUUUAAGUCAGGCUAAUCAAGGACAUUCAGAGACUCGUCCCGAAGCCUCUCCUGCAUUAUCUUGGCUGUGUGCUUAGGGUGGAGGUUUUCAUCAAAGAUCUCUCUGUACUUUGCUCCGUUCAUCUUUCCCUAGAUCCUGAGUAGUCUCCCAGUCCCUGCUGCUGAAAAACAUCCCCUCAGAAUGAUGCUGCCACCUCCAUGCUUCACCGUAGGGAUGGUGCCAGGUUUCCUCCAUACGUGAUGUUUGGCAUUUAGGCCAAAGAGUUCAAUUUUGGUUUCAUCAGACCAGAGAAUCUUGUUUCUCAUGGUCUGAGAGUCCUUUAGGUGCCUUUUGGCAAACUCCAAGCGGGCUGUCAUGUGCCUUUUACUGAGGAGUGGCUUCCGUCUGGCCACUCUACCAUAAAGGCCUGAUUGGUGGAGUGCUGCUGAGAUGGUUGUCCUUCUGGAAGUUUCUCCCAUCUCCACAGAGGAGCUCUGUCAGAGUUACCAUCGGGUUCUUGGUCACCUCCCUGACCAAGGCCCUUCUCCCCCGAUUGCUCAGUUUGGCCGGGCGGUCAGCUCUAGGAAGAGUCUUGGUGGUUCCAAACUUCUUCCAUUUAAGAAUGAUGGAGGCCACUGUGUUCUUGGGGACCUUCAAUGCUGUAGACAUUUUUUGGUACCCUUUCCCAGAUCUGUGCCUCUACACAAUUCUGUCUCAGAGCUCUACGGACAAUUCCUUCGACCUCAUGGCUUGGUUUUUGCUCUGACAUGCACUGUCAACUGUGGGACCUUAUAUAGACAGGUGUGUGCCUUUCCAAAUCAUGUCCAAUCAAUUGAAUUGACCACAGGUGGACUCCAAUCAAGUUGUAGAAACAUCUCAAGGAUGAUCAAUGGAAACAGGAUGCACCUGAGCUCAAUUUCAAGUCUCAUAGCAAACGGUCUGAAUAGUUAUGCAAAUAAGGUAUUUCCAUUUCUUAUUUCUAAUACAUUUGCACACAAAAAAUAACCUGUUUUCGCUUUGUCAUUAUGGGGUAUUGUGUGUAGAUUGAGGAAAAACAAAUAAUUUAAUCAAUUUUAGAAUAAGGCUGUAACGUAACAAAAUAUGUAAAAAGUCAAGGGGUCUGAAUACUUUCUGAAUGCACUGUAGGUGGUGGUGGUAGUAGUAGUAAUGGUAGUAGUAAUAGUAGUUAUUAGUAGUAGUAGUAGUAGUUAGUAGUGGUAGUAAUGCUGUGGUGCCCCAGUACCAGGCCCUGUUCAGCACGGACAAGGUUGUUAGUAGUAGUAGUAGUAGUAGUAGUAGUAGUAGUAGUAGUAGAAGGAGGAGGUGGUAAUGGAUAGUAGUAGUAGUAGUAGUAGUAGUAGUAGUAGUAGUAGGAGGUAAUGGAUUGUAGUAGUAGUAGUAGUAGUAGUAGUAGUAGUAGUAGUAGUAGGAGGUAAUGGAUUGUAGUAGUAGUAGUGGUAUUAGUAGAUAGUAGUAGUUAGGAGUUUUAGUAGUAGUAGGUAGUAAUAAUAGAAGUAAGUAGUAGUUAUUAGUACCAGUAGUAGUAGUAGCAGGUUUAGUUAGUAAUCGUGAUGGUAGUAGUAAUAGAAGUUAGUAGUAAUAGAAGUUAGUAGUAAUAGUGUGUGUGUGUGUGUGUGUGUGUGUAUAUAUAUAUAUAGAGUAUUAUAGUAGUUAGUACAGUCGUGGUCAAAAGUUUUGAGAAUGACACAAAUACUAAUUUUCACAAAGUCUGCUGCCUCAGUUUUGAUGAUGCCAAUUUGCAUAUACUCCAGAAUGUCAUGAAGAGUGAUCAGAUGAAUUGCAAUUAAUUGCAAAGUCGCUCUUUGCCAUGAAAAUGAACUUAAUCCCCCCCAAAAAACAUUUCCACUGCAUUUCAGCCCUGCCACAAAAGGACCAGCUGCCAUCAUGUCAGUGAUUCUCUCGUUAACACAGGUGAGAGUGUUGACGAGGACAAGGCUGGAGAUCACUCUGUCAUGCUGAUUGAGUUAGAAUAACAGACUGGAAGCUUUAAAAGGAGGGUGGUGCUUGAAAUCAUUGUUCUUCCUCUGUUAACCAUGGUUACCUACAAGGAAACACGUGCCAUCAUCAUUGCUUUGCACAAAAAGGGCUUCACAGGCAAGGAUAUUGCUGCUAGUAAGAUUGCACGUAAAUCAACCAUUUAUCGGAUCAUCAAGAACUUCAAGGAGAGAUGUUCAAUUGUUGUGAAGAAGGCGUCAGGGCACCCAAGAAAGUCCAGCAAGCGCCAGGACCAUCUCCUAAAGUUGAUUCAGCUGCAGGAUUGGGGCACCACCAGUGCAGAGCUUGCUCAGGAAUGGCAACAGGCAGGUGUGAGUGCAUCUGCACGCACAGUGAGGCGAAGACUUUUGGAGGAUGGCCUGGUGUCAGAAGGGCAGCAAGAAGCCUUCUCCAGAAAAACAUCAGGCCACAUUCUGCAAAAGGUACAGGGAUUGGACUGCUGAGGACUGGGGUAAAGUCAUUUUCUCUGAUGAAUCCCCUUUCCGAUUGUUUGGGGCAUCUGGAAAACACCUUGUCCGGAGAAGAAAAGGUGAGCGCUACCAUCAGUCCUGUGUCAUGCCAACAGUAAAGCAUCCUGAGACCAUUCAUGUGUGGGUUGCUUCUCAGCCAAGGGAGUGGGCUCACUCACAAUUUUGCCUAAGAACACAGCCAUGAAUAAAGAAUGGAACCAACACAUCCUCCGAGAGCAACUUCUCCCAACCAUCCAAGAACAGUUUGGUGACGAACAAUGCCUUUUCCAGCAUGAUGGAGCACCUUGCCAUAAGGCAAAAGUGAUAACUAAGUGGCUCGGGGAACAAAACAUCAACAUUUUGGGUCCAUGGCCAGGAAACUCCCCAGACCUUAAUCCCAUUGAGAAUUUGUGGUCAAUCCUCAAGAGGCGGUUGGACAAACAAAAACCCACAAAUUCUGACAAACUCCUAGCAUUGAUUAUGCAAGAAUGGGCUGCCAUCAGUCAGGAUGUGGCCCAGAAGUUAAUUGACAGCAUGCCAGGGUGGAUUGCAGAGGUCUUGAAAAAGAAGGGUCAACACUGCAAAUAUUGACUCGUUGCAUAAACUUAAUGUAAUUAUACUUCAGUAUAACAUGGUAACAUCUGACAAAAAUACCUCAUAACACUGAAGUAGUAGUAGUAAGUUAGUAGUAGGUAGUAGUAGUAGUAAUAUAAGUUAGUAGUAGUAGUAGUAGUAGUAGUAGUAGUAGUAGUAGUAGUAGUAGUAGUAGUAGUAGAGUAGUAGUAGUAGUAGUAGUAGUAGUAGUAGUAGUAGUAGUAGUAGUAGUAGUUAGUAGUAGUAGUAGUAGUAGCAGUAGUAGUAGUAGUAGUAGUAGUAGUAGUAGUAGUAGUAGAGUAGUAGUGUAAGUAGUAGUAGUAGUAGUAGUAGUUAGUAGUAGUAGUAGUAAGUAGUAGUAUCAGCUAUAGUAGUAGUAGUAGUAGUAGUAGUAUAGUAGUGGUAGUAGUAGUAGUAGUAGUAGUUAGUAGUAGUGUAGUAGUUAGUAGUAUUUAGCAGCAGCAGUCCCAGUACCAGCCCCGGUUCAGCAUGGACAAGAUGAGGAAGGAAAGGCCUUCUUUCUCGGGGCUGGAACCACAUCUCCCCUGCUGAGAAUCUAUUGGCUACCUACAGCUGGCUACAUAGCAAACACAAACUACACAGAUAAUAUUGUCAGUAUCAAGGAUGUGUUUUUGUCUUGUUUAGUCUAGUUCGGCAGGUAGCCUAGCGGUUAGUGCGUUGGACCCGUAACUGAAAGGUCGCUGGUUCGAAUACCCGAGCUGACAAGGUGAAAUGUAUGCCGAUGUACCCUUGAGCAAGGCACUUAACCCUAAUUUGCUCCAGGGACGCCGGACUACUAUGGCUGACCCUGUAAAACAACACAUUUCACUGCACCUAUCCAGUGUGUGUGACAAUAAAACAGCAUUUUUUUUUUUUUUGUCUUUGGAUGUGCAUUUCACAUUCACUCUGCCUGUGUCUCAGUUCCUGUUUUAACCUGGGUGUUCCUCUCUCUCUCUGUGAUUUGCGUUCCAGUGUGAACUGAAUGUAACCACAGAUGCACUGAGGGCCAUCGCCAGGCUGGCUCUGGAGAGGAAGACAGGAGCCCGUGGCCUGAGGUCCAUCAUGGUCAGUCAAUACAAGAAUUAUGCACAAUAACGUACUCAAUUCCCAUAAGUUCAGUAUUUGAGUCUCAUCAAAAGUCACAAUAUACACACAAUGGCUUCAAUUGCUGAUGGUAAAUUGAAGUGAUAUUUCUAUUAUGGUGAGUGACUUCUGCGACGAUGUAGUGAAGGCGAAAUUAAUUAUUUCAUAUCCAUGUCCUGUUUCAGUUUGCUGUGUGAAAUCUCUCUCUUUUUAAUACAGGAGAAGCUUCUUCUGGAGCCAAUGUUUGAGGUACCGUGUUCAGACAUCAUGGCUGUAGAGGUAACGGAGGACGUGGUCCAGGGUAAAUCAGAACCACAAUACGUCAGGUUAGUCGGCACCUGUUUGGUUCUUAUUAUCACGUCUCAAAUCUUAUUAUAGAAUGGCAAGUGUUUGUCUUAGGCUGUAAACAGAGAAACCCACUAAGAACAUAGGGGGGAAACAGAAAUAAGAAUGCCUGGUUAAAGAAGAGCUAAAUACCAACUCUUAUCAGUCAUACAGGUCCUAGGUCUGAAACCUGUUGGUUUCAUCAUGCCAGAGGUAUGUUAAGAACAGAACACAGUUCUGAAACCCCAUGUAAUGUUCCCAAGUGAAAACACUUCUCAACAGACCGUACCUUGGCUCCCCUACCGCCUAUACUGACAUUUUAUAUUUUAGUCAUUUAGCAGUCGCUCUUAUCCAGAGCGACUUUCAUACAUUUUUCAUACUGGUUCGCGGUGGGAAUCGAACCCAAAACCCUGGCGUUGCAAGCGCCAUGCUCUACCAACUGAGCCACACAUGACCUAUAUAACUAACCCUACCACUAAUACUGACCCUUCUCUCUCGCUCUCGCUCUCUCUCUCUCUCUCUCUCUCUUUCCUCCUCUCUCUUCUCCCUCUCUCUAUCUCCUCUCUCCAUCUCUCUCUCUCUCUCUCUCUCUCUCUGUCUCUCUCUCCUCUCUCUCUCUCUCCUCUCUCUCUCUGUCUCUGUCUGGCUCGUCUGUCUCUCCUCUCUCCUCUCUCUCUCUGUAUCUGUCUCUCUUCGUCUGUCCUCUGCUCUCUGUCUCUCUCCUCUGUCUCUCCUCUCUCUGUCUCUCUCUUCCUCUCUCUCUUGUCUCUCUCUCUGUCCUCUCUCUCUCUUCUCUCUCGUCUCUCUCUCUCGCUCUGUCUCGUCCUGUCUCUGUCUCUGGUCUCUGUCUUGUCUCUCUCCUCUCUCGUCUCUCUCUCUCUCUCUCUCUCUCUGUCUCUCUCUUCCGUCCUCUCUGUCUCUUCUCUGUCCUCUGUCUCUGUUCUGUCUCUGUCUCGGUCCUCUGUCUCUCUCUCUCGGUCUCUGUCUCUGUCUCUGUCUCGGUCUCUGUCUCUGUCUCGUCUCUGUCUCUGUCUCUCCUGUCUCGUCUCUCUCUCUCUAUCUCUCUCCUCUCUCUCUCUGCAUAACUAACCCUACCACUAAUACUGAACCUCCUCUCUCAAUUCAAUUUAAGGGCUUUAUUGGCAUGGGAAACGUAUGUUAACAUUGCCAAAGCAAGUGAAAUAGAUAAUAAACAAAAGUGAAAUAAACAAUAAAUAUUAACAGUAAACAUUACACUCAGAAGUUCCAAAAGAAUAAAGACAUUUCAAAUGUCAUAUUAUGUCUAUAUACAGUGUUGUAACAAUGUGCAAAUAGUUAAAGUAAAAAAGUCUGGGUUCCUGCUCUUUAGUCCAAAGGCAGAUGACCUCAGGCCUUGGAUAUUCCAGGAUGAGAUAGUGAAUGAUUUGUGUUCCAUAAAGUGUCUAAUGUUGUUGGUCGUGUGGUUUGGCCUCAGGCCAGUAAUUGUGAGCAGAGCCUGCUGAGCAUCUGGUACAUGCCAUUGGCUUGGGCUAGUGUAAGAGUGGGGUGUUGGGCCUGUUUGCCUGCUCACGGCCUGGGCGUAUGUGUGACUUUCAUUUUGAGGCGCUCUUUGUGGGAGUGGGGGGCCUGGGGUGGGUAGGAGGGGCAUAGGUCUGAUCUGAGGGGGCCUAAAUGGGGUGUGGGUUGACUUGGGGAGGUGUUAAUUGGUUGGGGUGUGGAUGUGGCUGGUGGUGCUGUGGUCUGGAUGUAGGUCCUCUCGGCGGGGGUCCUCUAUGUGUAGGUCCGGGUGGGGGUCCUGCAGGUCUGGGAGAGAGUCUCGCUGGUCUGGGCGGGGUGUCUGUUGAUCUGUUGAUCUGUUGCUCCUGUGUGAGGUGUUGGGUCUGCGGUUGAGGGAGAUAUCCUUUAGGGUCCGGGCGAAGGUGGGCACUGCUGCCUUGUAUAGGUGGAUCUGGUCCUAAAGGCUGUUCUCGUCCAGGGUGGAGUGGUGGGCCAGGUAGACAUUUGGUUUUGAGGCACAGUCACGGGAAAUACUUGCGUUUACCCGCUGUAUGGUAGCAGGGUGGAAGUCUUUUCGUGGUAGCAGGGUUGAGAUAACCACUUGUGCGUUGGGGAAAGUAGAAGAAGCUUUUUCUAUCACUCCCUUGAGUGAUGUGGCCACCUUUUCCUGCUGUGUUCUCAGGUCGUUUGUGCCUGUGUGUAUUAUUAUGUGGCUGGGUGAUCCUAGUCGGUCCUCAGACAGAAGGUCUAGGGCGCGCUGGGUGUUGGGACACCAGAGUUUAGACACUGUGUGUUUGGGAAAAAGUUUAUUUUAUUUUAUGUAUUUCCCGUUUGAGUCCAUAAGUAGUACAAUCUGUGGCUUGUGUAUGUCCUCAGUGGGUGUGGGGGGGUCGUCAGGAGGGAUAUCAGGGUGUCUGAUUGGGGGGUUGCUCAGAGGGAGUGGGAUCCCCUGGGCUUGGGGUUCUUCAUUUGUUUGUCUGGCUGUGAUGUUCGAGGCUAUGGUCAGGGUCUAGGGUGUACUGUUCUGCUGUGGUGUUGAGACUUUUGUCAGGAUCUGAGGUGGGCUGUUCUGCUGGCUUCUCUGCGGGGGUGGCCAGCUCUCUAAUGGGUUGUUCUCUGUCACCCGUCAUCGUUCUCACCUUCUCCUCCAGCACUCUGAUCCUCUCCUCUAGUGCUCUGUUCUUCUCCUGCUCCUGCUCUUUCUCCUGUUGAUGUUGUCUCACCACAGUCCAGAGUGCAGACAUGUCUCUCUCUACCUGCAGCUCUCCAGGUCUAGUUGAGGGGGUGUUGUUGUGCUGGACUGUUGUCUGGGUCUGUGCUGACUGGAGUGUGUUCACCUGCUGUUCCAGCUCCACCUGCCUUACCUCCAGCUGGGUGAAUUUAUCCUUCAUUUCAAUGAGGGAGUAGUACUCUGUGCUGGGAGGUUGACUUUCCGCUUGGGGUUGCUCGUCUGUGGGGUUAUUCAAUGAAGAGGUCUGGCCUGACCCGCUCGGGGUGGGGGUAUCUUUCUCAAGAGAGAGCUUCUACCACUAAUACUGAAUCUUCUCUCUCUCUCUCUCUGUCUCUCUCUCUCUCUGUCUCUCUCUCUGUCUCUAUCUCUCUCUCUGUCUGUGUCUGUCUGUCUGUCUGUUGCUCUCGCUCUCACUCUCACUCUCACUCUCGCUCUCGCUCUCGCUCUCGCUCUCACUCUCACUCUCACUCUGCGCGUAACUAACCCUACCACUAAUACUGACCCUCCUCUCUCUUAGUACUCUGCAUAACUAACACUAAGAACUAAAAUGCGAUGUAAAUAUAUUUUCCAGGGCGCCAGAGAAGGAGUCAGCAGAGGAGGACUAUGACUCUGGUAUUGAAGAGGAGAACUGGCCCAGACAGGUGGACGCAGCAGCCAACAACUGAUCUAGAAUCAUUAGAACACCUAAAACAUUUCCUGGAAUUCCUGCACCUGAGACAUCUAAACAGACCUCCCAUCAGACUGUAUAGGCCAGUACUAAAACAACAACACGAUAAAAAACCCUUUUCUCUGAGGAAGUGUUUUUUCAUAAUGAACAACACGGAUUUGAGCUCUAGAAGUACUUUUUUUGUCCUGUGAAUUGGACAGUAGGCUAAUUCUUUAAGUUAGAAAUUAAGGUGGACCUGCUAUAUUGUAUAUAUUUACAAUUGUUGGGGUAGAUAAUGCAAUUUUUAUUCUUUAAAAGGAUGAUUGUGUUUUCUCUUUUGUUGUGGUGAUGAGAGGUUGAAAUGACAAUGGAAACAAAUAUAACAUGAAUGGGAUCAUAUUGUACACUUAAAGAAAUAGCAACGGCUAGGAAUGUUCCGUUUUAGUAUCUUAAGUGUUACAUAACAAUAUACAACUAAUGCCCUGACUGUCAAUGGCAGACCUGGGUCCAAAUACUAUAUGAAAUCUUUAAUAUGCAGUACCAGUCAAAAGUUUGGACA